AUGAAAAGGACGGGAGUUGGACGGUUGACGGAAUUCAUGAGGAAGGCAACGCGAGCAGUUGUUGUGUACGAGGGUAGCCGCGAGGAGAUGAGCGAAACGAAGCGUUAUGCGUCAGUGGCAAAGGAUGUGGGUAGUGAUGGGACGACGUACCUUUCGCAUACUGUCGACGAUACACGACCUGAGAAUGUGAGGCAGAACGAGAAGGUGGCCUCGGUCAACUCCACCAUGCCAUCCGCUCCCUCUACUCCGACACACGCUGCAAAUGCUCCGACGACGUUUCCUGAAGAACAUAUCCUUGUUUGA